GUACCUCAUCCCACCAUCGGAAUUGGGCAGCCGUCCCCCGCUUAAACGGAAAGCCAAAUCAAAGCGGCAAUUCGCGAACUUUCCACGUGACAUCCUUCCUUCCAAUAAAACGCAAAGGGUUCGCACGUUUCAACGUCUCGCAGCCUACUCCACAAAUCUCUCUCUCGCUCCUCCUUUCGCUGCUUAUCUUACAACGCAAAGCGGGAGGCGGGGAGACGCUCAUAAGCCAUCCAAUCGCAGUCACAACAGCAAUUCAAGGGAAAGUCAAGAUGAUUGAUCAAGUUCAACACCCUACUGUUAUGCAGAAGGCAGCUGGCUCACUAUUCCGUUCUAGCAUUGCCCAAGACCAUCAAGGUUUUGAUGGGGCAUAUUCAAGGCCUGCUGCUUUGUAUCAUCGCCGCACAUAUGACAAUUAUUCCAAUGCUGCGUUGCAAUACCCCAUGGUGCGCGCCUGUGGGGCUACCAGCGAUUUAUCCUUGGUUCAAUCAACCACUUCAGUUUUUGUCCAAGCUCCGAAGGAGAAAGGAUUUGCUGGAUUUGCUAUUGACUUUCUUAUGGGAGGAGUAUCUGCUGCAGUAUCCAAGACAGCAGCUGCACCCAUUGAGCGUGUCAAGCUUUUGAUUCAGAACCAGGAUGAGAUGAUUAAAACUGGAAGACUCUCUGAGCCUUACAAGGGCAUUGGUGAAUGUUUUAAGCGAACAAUUCAGGAUGAAGGUUUCAUGUCAUUGUGGAGGGGGAAUACUGCUAAUGUCAUCCGUUAUUUCCCCACACAGGCCUUGAAUUUUGCAUUCAAGGAUUACUUUAAGAGCCUCUUCAACUUCAAGAAAGACAGGGACGGUUACUGGAAAUGGUUUGCUGGAAAUUUGGGAUCAGGAGGGGCUGCUGGUGCUUCUUCCCUUCUCUUUGUCUAUUCCCUUGACUAUGCCCGUACUCGUUUGGCCAAUGAUGCUAAGGCUGCAAAGAAAGGAGGAGAGAGGCAAUUUAAUGGGCUGGUUGAUGUCUACAGGAAGACAUUGAAAUCUGAUGGUCUUGCUGGUCUUUACCGUGGUUUUAACAUUUCAUGUGUUGGAAUUAUCGUAUACCGAGGACUCUACUUUGGAAUGUAUGAUUCUCUGAAGCCAGUGGUCUUGACUGGAAAGUUGCAGGAUAGUUUCUUUGCUAGUUUUGCUCUUGGUUGGAUUAUCACCAAUGGUGCUGGUCUUGCAUCCUACCCAAUCGACACUGUUCGUAGAAGAAUGAUGAUGACAUCUGGUGAAGCUGUCAAGUACAAGAGCUCGUUUGAUGCUUUCUCCCAAAUCUUGAAGAAUGAGGGUGCCAAGUCUCUCUUCAAGGGUGCUGGAGCAAACAUCCUUCGUGCUGUUGCUGGUGCUGGUGUGCUUGCUGGUUACGACAAGCUUCAGCUGAUAGUCUUUGGAAAGAAGUACGGAUCUGGUGGUGCUUAAUUCUGGGUUCCAUCAACAUUUUCUUAUUUAGAAUUUAGAUCGUGAUGGUGAUGAUAAUCUCGAUUUUCUUGAGGAUUUGUAAUGGCGGGAAUUUUCUCGAAAUAAUUUUUGCAGGGGGUUUCUCUCCCUGAACCCAUUUUAAAUUUUGGAUGGGAUAGAUUUUUUUGGUUUCACAACCUGAUUUACAAGAAUUGAAUCCAAGGCUACUGCUGCCUGGAUGAGCUUUUAGUUAAAAACCGGAAGAAAUGACAUUCUUGGGUAGUUUGCUUUAUUUUUAUGGAUUUUACAAUCAUCCUUGGUAGGUGGUAUCCAAGGGAUAAAUGCUGAAUUGAUUCAAGUACUUUUUGAGAAUAACUUUUGCUGA